GUUAGUCUGUGCUUGUAAAAUGUCAUAACAAAUGGAAAUUGGAAAUCGGUAAUGAAAUCGUGGAAUAAUAUUGAAAUUAUGUACAUAAAGUAAUUAUAUUUAUUUAAGUUGAUUUGUUGAGAUUAAAAAUGACGAAAGUAUUUUCUAUAUCGAAUAUUCCUGAGUUUUCUAAGAAAGAGCGCAUCGUUGUUGUUGGUGUGAUCGGCAAGUCGCCGUACCGGUACCCCAACAAGACGAGCCCCCUCUUAUCGGGCGUGCAGAGCGAGGAAAAUGACAUAGAAUGCCACUGGGAUGAAAGGAAAGGCAUCCUCUACCUUCACGCUGUCACAUACUUAGACACCAAGAGGCUGGUGUCUUUGGCCACCAGUCUUGAUGAAGACUCAAAGAGUACUGUGAAAGAUGCAGAUGCUGCACACUGGCUGGUGGCGGCGGGCGAGCUGGCCAUAGAGUCGUGCAGAGCCAUUGCCCUGAUAUUCCAUCUCUGCCACAUUGUGGUGCUGUCCUCACCCACGCACAUGUUUGAUCUCAACUACUUGCAGCUGUUCAGGGCUGUUGAUGGAUAUAGGGCGGAGUUGACUGCAGCCACCACCGAAGCGCUGCUGCGCGCGGCGGCGGGCGGCGCCUGGGACACGCACGGGCGCCCGUGCUGCCCGCGCCUGCUGUUCCACUUCCGCCGAGCACCCUCCCAGCUGCGCCGGGCGCCCGCGCUUCUCAAGAAGCUGGAGCACGCGGUGGAGGACCAAAUCUACUUUAUACUGAGGAAAGCCAGGAUCAUCACUAACGUCUGCGCUAAAUCCCUCUUUGCGAUACCAAAAAAUGAAGAGUUCGUGUACAUGAGCUCCUCGGAGGAGUGCGGCGACGCGCGCGACGUGAGCGCGCUGCUGCGCGGGCUGGUGCGGCUGUGCGCGGGCGCCGAGCCGGGCCCGCAGCCGCAGCGCUCCUUCCGCCAGUUCCUGCAGAGCCACCUCGACAUGGCGCUCGGCGACGGCUUCGAUGACAACGUCGGCAAAUACGCCAUGAGCACUUCCUUCUUUGAGCUGCCGAGCGCGUGGUCAUGGCGCGCCGCGGCGCAGGCCCUGGCGCCGAUAUACCUGCAGGCGCCCGCAGCGGACGCGGCCGGCGGCGCGCUGUUCGACGCGCUGGCCACCGACGUGCGCUUCUCACAAGCUAGAUGCGCCAAGGUGCUACCUAUAGCGCAGGCUUCGUAUGCCGAAGGGUUGCCGCCUCAUUAUUCCAGCCAACAUCAUCUGCACAAGGUGGGCGUGGCGCUGGGCGUGGUGGACUCCAUGGCGCGCGGCCCGCUGGCGGCGGCGGCGCGCGCGCGCCUCACCGCGGCGUGCGCGGCCACGUGGCGCACGCGCACGCUGUGCGAGGCGCCCUCGCUCACCGGCCACCCCUGCGUGCUCCCGCACCACGACAGCUCGGUGGAGCACUCGUCGGGCGUGCGCUACGUGAGCGCGUGCAACUGCGGGCGCACCAAGUGCUCGCGCGAGGACCCGUACAGCGUGCGCGCCGCCAACCACAGCUUCUACACGCUGGCCGCCGACGAGUGCGGCACGUGCAAGACGCUGCAGGCCGUACACUUCCCCGUGUUCCAGCCCUCCACGCCCAGCUUCAGGGCGGCGGCAGUAAAGGGCGCGGAGGGCUCCGCCGCGCGCGCCGACGGCAAGGAGGCGGAGGACGAGGGCGCGCCGCCGUCGCCCGCGUCGCCGCGCUCGUGCUGGUCGCCGCCCGACGAGCUGUCGCCCGGCUCGGCCGACGACGACGAGGACGCGCCGGCGCCCUGCGGCGACGCCGACCUCGAGCUGCUGGCCGUGCACGAGCCCAGCGCGCCCGAGAAGUCGAUCAGCCGCCAGCCGUCCACGACGGAGUACCUGCCCGGCAUGCUGCACACGGGCAGCCCCGCCGGCCUGCUGCCCGCCUUCCCCAGCUGGUCGCUGGUGUGCCUGGGCGCGUCCUCGCUGUACUCGCACAGCGCCGGCCUGCCCGAGCACCUGCAGGCCGGCUUCCUGCCGCACGCCAACCACCUGCUGCCGUGGGACUGCGCGCUGGCGGGGCGCGCGCGCGGCCGCCACGCGCCCACCGUCAAGAUCUUCUUCGGCUACGAGUACGAGUGCGGGCGCGGCCACCGCUUCGUGCCGGCGGCGCCCGAGAACGGCGCGGGCGCGCGGUUUGCGGCGGCCGACGUGCCGCUGGCGGCGCCGUGCGUGUGCCGCGCGCCCGGGCCCGCGCGCCUGGCGCGCCUGCACGUGGUCACGCCCAAGGCGGCCGUGGCCGUGACGCUGACGCCGCGCGUGCAGCCCGCGCCGGGCCGGCCCGCCUUCACGCCGGGCGCGGGCGAGCCGCUGCGGCUCAGCGCCUCGGCCUACUGGGUGCUGCGCUUCCCCUUCGUGUACGCCGACGAGCGCGGCGUGGUCCCGCGCUCGCGCGCGCUGGCCGGCGGCUGCGUGCUGGCGCCCAUGUUCGGCCUGCAGGCGGAAUGACCCAAAAACAAAAACCAAACGGGUGCUGGUAAUAAAUAGUUGACGUCUCGACAAACUUCUGAUCCCCUGAGAACGUGAGCCGUGUGCCCGAGUACUGUAUAUAUUAAUUAUUAAUAUUAAUACAAUAUAUAAAAGAGGUUCUCAGCGGCGAAGUUUGUCAGAUUGCAUCUUUAAAGCGGACUAGUGCUCUAGCGCGGACUAUAAAAUAUUGUGCAAAAAUAACCUCAGAAAUGAUCAGUCUAACACAUCAUAAUUUAGUAAAUGAAGUGUCUUAAAUUAAUUAUUCUGGGAGAAUUUAAUGAAUAGUACUGUGGUGUAAUGUGCAUGUUUAAAUAAUUUUACUGAUUUUAGUCAAAAUUAAGUCGAGUCAAUAAGCGAUUUAGCGUUCCGGUACGAUGUCGUGUAGAAACCGAAAGGGGUGUGGAUUUUCAUCCUUCUAUUACUAGUUAAUGGUAAGUGUAGGCGUCCACAGAUACGGAUCUGUAGACGCAAGUGUAUGACUUUCUAUACAAAUAGUACUAAAAUCCGUGUUACAAACGUGAAAACGUUUAACUAAACUUUCUUUCAGAAAUUUUACUUCUAGAUGAAAGUAAAAACACAUGUUUCUGUGCUACUUCUGUUGUAUUAUUCAUUGUGUAGAGUUCCAGUUUCUGGGUGUUUUUCAUAUAUAGUCAGUGGCUCAUAUUGGUCGCUUUGCAAUAUUGUAGACCCAGUUGAAUUUAUGUACAUUUCUGUAAACCAGCAAGUCAAUGAAGAAGCUAUGAAAUAUAGAUAAAAUCUAAUGUAUAUCAUCAGUAAAUACGAGAUGUAUUUUAUCAUCCAAGAGAUCAUUCUUAUCAUAGUUAGUUAUUAGGAAAUUCAUUCUUAGUUGUAAGAUGAAAAAAUAUAAUGAAGUUUAAACAUGAAAA